UUGAAGAGUUUGUUGUUGAGCGCCAGAGGAAGUUUCUGUGUCUCUGCUGAUGCGCCACAGGAGGAAUUAAAACCUUAAUUACAAAAGUUUAAUUUAUUUAAACUGUUCGGAAUUAUAUCGCGAGAUUUUAUAGCGGCAGACGAGGACAAUAUACACCGUAACUCGGCUCUGAGACCCGCGGAGCAGCUCUUCUCUCGGCGGCCAUCAUGGCUUCUGUUAACGGAACCGGAGGGAGGCGAGAGGAGAAGGGUCGGAACAUCCAGGUUGUGGUCCGGUGCAGGCCUUUUAACACUGUGGAACGCAAGUCGUCAUACGGAGUCAUCGACUGCGAUCAGACCAGGAAGGAGGUGGCCGUCAGGACAGGAGGCAUGAACGACAAGUCCUCCAGGAAGACCUACACCUUCGACAUGGUUUUCGGUCCAGCUGCAAAACAAAUUGAGGUCUACCGGAGCGUGGUGUGUCCCAUCCUGGACGAAGUCAUCAUGGGAUAUAACUGCACUGUCUUUGCCUACGGUCAGACAGGAACCGGGAAGACCUUCACCAUGGAGGGAGAGAGGAGUCCAGAUGAGGAGUUCACCUGGGAGGAGGACCCACUGGCCGGCAUCAUCCCCAGGACGCUGCAUCAGAUCUUUGAGAAGCUUUCUGAGAACGGCACCGAGUUCUCCGUCAAAGUCUCCCUGCUGGAGAUCUACAACGAGGAGCUGUUUGACCUCCUCAGCCCCACCGAGGACGUCAACGAGCGGCUGCAGCUCUUCGACGACCCCCGCAACAAGCGCGGUGUGGUGGUGAAGGGGCUGGAGGACGUGGUGGUCCACAACAAAGACGAAGUUUAUCAGAUCCUGGAGCGAGGAGCAGCAAAGAGGAGGACGGCCUCCACGCUUAUGAACGCCUACUCCAGUCGCUCCCACUCGGUGUUCUCUGUUACGAUUCACAUGAAGGAGAUCACUCUGGAUGGAGAGGAGCUGGUGAAGAUCGGGAAACUCAACCUGGUGGACCUCGCUGGCAGCGAGAACAUCGGCCGCUCGGGAGCCGUGGACAAACGAGCCCGCGAGGCGGGAAACAUCAACCAGUCGCUGCUGACGCUGGGCCGAGUCAUCACCGCGCUGGUGGAGAAGAGACCUCACGUCCCGUACAGGGAGUCCAAACUUACCAGAAUCCUCCAGGACUCGCUGGGAGGACGCACAAAAACCUCCAUCAUCGCCACGGUGUCGCCUUCUUCCAGCAACCUGGAGGAGACUCUGAGCACCCUGGAGUACGCCAGCAGAGCCAAGAACAUCAUGAACAAACCAGAGGUCAAUCAGAAGCUCACCAAGAGGACCCUCAUCAAGGAAUACACCGAGGAGAUCGAGCGGCUGAAACGGGACUUGGCUGCAACUCGAGACAGGAACGGAGUUUAUCUGUCGUCAGAAAACUACGAGAGCAUGGUGACUCAGAUCACGGCUCACGAGGAGCAGAUCGCUGAGUACGUCGACAAGAUCGCCAUCAUGGAGGAGGAGCUGAAGAAGGUGACCGAUCUGUUCGUGGACAGCAAGAACCGGCUGGAGCAGUGUGCUCUGGAUCUGGACCAGAAGCAGCAGAGGCUGGAGGAGACCAACAAACACCUGGAGAAGACCAAGGAGAAGCUGGUCGUGGAGGAGUUUAUCUGCUCAGAGCUCAGCUUGGUCCAUGAGUCCCUGUACAGCACCGCUGGACAGCUGUUGAGCACGGUGGAUGAAAGCACCAGCGACGUGUCGGGACUCCACGACAAGCUGGACCGCAAGAAGAAGGUGGAGCAGCACAACAUGCAGAUCCAGCAGAGCUUCUCUCAGAGGAUAGAUGGGGCCUUCAGCGACAUGCAGCACUGCAUUCAGCAUCACGGGGCCAAGCACAGCGACAUGCUCUGCAGCUACUCUCAGACCAUCGAUGAUGUGCUGGUGAAGAACGACGUGGCGCUGAGAGGCGCUCUGAGCACCGUGGAGACAUUUGUGGGUGGAGUCCAGUCGCUGGUGGCCGACGGCGUGGCUCGUUGUCAGGAGAAGCUGCAGCAGCAUGAAGCCCUGAGUCAGGAGCACAAGGACGGUCUGCUGCAGCUGCUGGAGGAGCAUCAGGAGGAGAUGAAGGACGUUCUGGCUGCUCGGACUCUGUUGGGUUUAUCGGCCCUCAAAGAGCUCAGCGCCACUCUGAAGUCGACCGUGGAGACGCAGCGGUCCCUGGCCGACCAGGUGGAGGCCAUGAAGGAGAUGGGGGCCUUCUUCAGCGGUUUGGUUCAGGAGCUGGUGGGUCUGCGGCAGUCCACCAUGCAUGGUCUGAGUGCGCUCCAGGCCGAGCAGGAGAAGCUGGAGGAGGAGAUCCGACAGGCCCAGGAGAGGCACCAGAAGGGUAUGAAGCAGACCAUCCAGUGCCUGCAGGACCAGUUGAACCUGCUCACCAUGGAGACCCAGCAGGACUACAGUGACCUGCGUUCAGCCAACAAAGCUCUGCAGACUCCUGCACAGACGCUGCAGGAGAACAUCAGCAGCCACUGCAGGUUGGUGGAAAACCAGACUUCAUCCCAGGCAGACCUCCUCUCCUCCACCGCCUCCUCCCUCUCCUCCUCCCUCCGUCAGACGGCAGAGGAGAGCCAGAAGCUGCUGGAGGAGACAAACGGCUACUACUCGGACCUCCACAGCUCUGUGUCAGGCCUGGUGGAGUGGGACGUGAAGUGGACCCUCAGAACCAGGGAACACGCUGACAGACGAGCCAAGGAGCAGCUGACCCUGGUGGAGCAGAUUUCAGAAGAAACUCGGAGUCUCCGUCAGAGCGUCCAGACGCGGUGCACUGAGCAGCUGCGAACAGCCAAGGAGGAUCUGACCAGCCGGCAGGAGGAAACCAAGCAGUCUCUGAGUGCUCUACAGAACCAGACCUGCUCGGACCGGCAGGUUCUGGGACGGCAGCAGGCGGAGCUGGAGGAGUAUAUGGAAACGGGUCAGCAGCUGGUUCACAGCUUCCUGCAGGAGGAGCUGAAGGCGGACGUUCCCACCGGUUUGACCCCUCAGCGUCGUGAGUUUGUUUAUCCCAGACAUCUGAACAAGUCACGGACUCGCAGUGAGCUGCUGGAGGCCCUGAGGAGGCAGCAGGAGGAGCUGCAGGGUGCCUUGGAGGAAGAGGAGGAGGAGGAGGAAACUCCAGAAGAGGACGACAAACAAAACCAGGUUGACCAUGAUUCUCUGGAGGACAUCAGCACCUGUAAUGAAAGUCUGGCCACAGAACCGUCCUUCAUCGACGAGAACCUCGUCUUCAACGAGAGCAAACGUGUUCCUUUCUUCAAGCAGAAAAAAGGUGGUAAGAAGGAGACGAAGAUCCUCUCCAGGUCCAAAACGGCAGAGAAUGAAGCCCAGUCCACUCCUCAGAAGUCCAGACUGCCCCUCCGCUGCCAGAACUAAAUCAGCCCGCUGAGUUUUAACAUUUUUAUGGUCUUCUAACUAAUAUUUCAGUUGUAAAAUAAAGAUUUCUGCUUGUUUUUAUAUCAUCAUUGUGAGUGUGAAAUAAAACAUGAUCAAUCAAUUAAAA